AUGCGUGCAUUCUUUCGAUCUCUCCUCCAGCGUCGUCCCCAUAAGCCAGGAUACAAGUCCUCGACUACUCUUCAGACAAGAGCUAUGUCUUCCGGAAUGACGGCUGUGGUCAUGUACGCGACCAUGACGGCUCCUACGGCGCUGAGUGCUGUACCGGAGGAAACAAAGGACAAGGCGCAUCAUUUGAAGGAUGGGAAGGGCUUCAGAAACCCAUGGGACUCUUGCGUAGAGCAGAAUCCGUUAAAAGUUACAACUGGCAUGGCUUGGCGUAUCAUUACAGGAAAGACGAAAUGGCCAGAUACCACCCCUCCACACGUCGAAGUACACACGCCAACCUUCCUCGCCUCCCGCUCCGGCUCCCAAGCCCUACGCGCAACCUGGCUCGGCCACGCCUGCUACUACGUCGAAUACCCCUCUGGCCUGCGCGUCCUCUUCGACCCCGUUUUUGAAGAACGCUGUAGUCCCUUGUCCUUCAUGGGCCCGAAACGGUACACCGCGAUUCCCUGCCAAAUCCAUGAUCCCCCCAUCGUAGACGUCGUAGUAAUAAGCCACUCGCACUACGACCACCUGUCCCAUCCUACGGUCCUGGAACUACAGAAACAUCAUCCGAAUGCCCUGUUCAUGGUGCCGCUGGGAUUGAAGAAAUGGUUUAAUAAUAGCGGAAUUACGAAUGUGCAGGAACUGGAUUGGUGGCAGGAUGUCGACAUUACACUAUCUCCUUCUACGGGCGAGAAGCGCAUCUCAACAGCUUCUGCUUCCUCUGCAGCCCCUCUUUCAAGCACAGGCCAAGACAUCACAGCACGUAUAUCUUGUCUGCCCUGCCAACACACUUCAGCGCGGACGGCGUUCGAUAAAGGCUGCACGCUCUGGGCAUCCUGGGCCGUUUCGUCCGGCGGUAAAUCCGUCUGGUUUGGCGGAGAUACAGGCUACCGGUCGGUGCCCGAAGUUCCAAAAGGCGUAGACGAUUAUUCAGAAGACUUCGCACAUCUGCCGAGCUGUCCAGCUUUUGCUCAAAUUGGAGAAUUCCGUGGGCCGUUUGAUUUAGGGCUGAUCCCUAUAGGAGCGUAUGAUCCGAGGCAUAUCAUGAGUUCGAUGCAUGCGAACCCGUUUGAUAGUGUGAACAUAUUUGUGGAUACGAAGUGUAAGAGGGCGAUGGGUAUUCAUUGGGGAACGUGGGUGUUGACUUCAGAGGAGAUAUUGGAGCCACCAUUGUUAUUAAAGAAGGCUUUGGCGAGGAAAGGUUUGCCAGAGGAAGGAGUCUUUGAUGUUUGUCAUAUUGGGGAAAGCAGGGAUUUCUAA